AUGAAUCAACCUUUUAAUGCAGAAAUUAAAUUAAAGAGUUCAAAAGAAAGAGGCUAUUUUGAUCAACUUGUUGAUGCUGUUGUACGACCACCUCGAUAAAUUUAUGAACCUUAAAAAUUAGGUAUAUUACAAUAAGUUAAUUAAAAACAGGUCCAACAACUAUGUUAGUAAAUAAAUUACUCAUUUACAGGGAAGAUUUUAUCGUUUUAUCUCGAGAAUAAAAUUUAAAAUUACAAUGUUCUUUAUAUAGUCCUGUAUAUUUAAAGGAUAAAGCAAGACCAUGUGUAAUAUAUCUUCAUGGAAAUUCAAGUUCAAGAUUGGAAUCCUCAUGUUAUGCUAAUAUGUUAGCCUAAGAAGGAAUAAGUUUAGUAAACUUUGAUUUUGGUGGAUGUGGUAUAUCAGAUGGAUAAUAUGUAUCUCUCGGAUGGUAUGAAAAGGAAGACUUUUUAAAUAUUUUAAAAUAUAUCAAAGAGAAGUACUUAUAAUUCUUACUAGAGAUAUCCCCUAUUAGGACCUAUUGGAGUUUGGGGUAGAAGUAUGGGGGCAGUAACUGCUAUUAUGGCUGCAGCUGAAUAUCCUGAAUUAAACACUUUAGUUCUCGAUUCUCCAUUUAGUAAUCUAAAAUAACUUUGUAUCGAUAUUGGUGAUAAUUUUCAUGUUCCAACAAUUGGUGUUAGAUUUGUUUUUUAUUUAUUAAGAAAAAAAGUAAGAAAAAUAGUUAGAUAUGAUCCUAAACAUAUAAAUACUAUGCUUUAUAUUAGGAAAUUAUCUUCUAAAUGUUCUGCCUAUUUUGUUAGAGCUAGCAAUGACAAAAUGAUUGGAAAAAAUCACAUUGAACAAUUAUAUGAAGCUUUCAAGGGAGAAAAGUAUAUCUUCACUUUUUUAGGAGAUCACAAUGCUCCCAGACCUAUUGAAGCUUAUUAAGGAAUUACGAGGUAUUAAUAUUAUAUAUAAGCCUAUAUAAAAAGGUUCUUUGCAACUAGAUUAAACAAAAGUUAUGAUAUUUAAAAAAUGAGCUUAUCGAGAAAAAGUUCUGGAAAAACAUAUAAAAUAGAGAAAGGUUAUAAAUCUUAGAAAUCUAAUGAAUCUGAUCUAAACUAUGACGAAUCUGAUGAUGAAAAUGCAAAAAAGUUAAAUAAUGAAUAAUAUAUAACAGAGAUGAAAAAACCACAAUUGUUAAAUGCAUUUUUAUCUGAUUCAGAUAUUGAUAGCUAACAUUCACUUGAUGAAGAUUUACAAGAACAUGAUCUUCCACAAUUUUAAGAUAUCAAAACUAAAUUAAGUUGA